AUGAGAGCUACUCUAAAUAAUACUGAUAUCCUCUGUUUGCUUGAAACCCGAGUUAAAUUGGAUAAAUCUCCUGAGUUACUUGCUUUUAGAUUUGAGAACUGGAAUGUUUUUUGCAACUAUGAUCAUGCUGAGAAUGGGAGAAUAUGGUUUCUCUGGAGAAAUGGAUUAGAUAUUUCUUUAUGUCAUAAAUCUGCUCAAAGUAUUACUGUUAAGUGCAUAUUCAAGAAUGUUCACUUUCUGGUUACUGGGAUUUAUGGUCACAAUGAUGGAAUAGCAAGAAGAAGCCUCUGGCAGGAUCUUAGAAAUAUAGAAUCUAGGUUUCCUGACUACCCUUGGAUCAUGGGAGGGGAAUUUAAUGUCACUUUGUACUCAAACGAAAGUUCCAAUCAUGAGCUUUUAGGUACUUUCUCUUCUUCUGAUAUGAUUGAAUUCCAAGAUCUCACUAAUGACAUUCAACUUCAUGAUCAUCCUUUUUUUGGCCCUACUUAUUCUUGGAGAAACAAACAAGGAGAUAACUUCCUUGCAAGAAAACUUGAUAGAGUCCUCACAAACUCUCAAUGGUUUGAAUCUUUCCCUCAAUCCUUUGUGGAAUUUUUAGCUCAUGGUCCUUCUAACCAUUGCAUGGCUUUAGUUACUCUUAAUAAAGAAAUUCAGCUCAACAAACCCAAGCCUUUCAAAUUCUUCAACUGUUGGACACUUCAUCAAAAUUUCUUAAACACUGUUAGUAACUCUUGGCUCCAACCUUGUCAUGACAACCCAAUGAAGAAAAUUUUCCUCAAGCUUAAAAGACACAAAGCUUCACUAAAAAUUCUGAACAAGAAUUACUUUAGCGACAUUUAUGCUCGGGUUAGAAGUAAAAGAGACGAGAUCAAAAAACAUCAAAUUCUUACUUUUAGAGGAGUUGAGCCCAUUGAAACAGAACUUGAUCUGCAAAGAGAGCUUAAUUCUCUUGAGGAAACCGAGGCUAUGAUUCUUAAACAAAAAGCGAAAAAUCAUUGGAUGAAAGAGGGGGAUAAGUGCUCCAAAUUCUUUUACUCUGUCAUUGCUACCAAGAAUAAACGUGACACCAUUAGAUUCUUAGUUGAUGAUCAAGUAAGAAGACUGAACUCCUUCGAUGACAUGUCUAAUGAAGCUAUUAAUUUCUUCAAAAAUUUUCUUGGUUCCUCUGACCCUGAAGUUAAAGUCUGUUCAACCAGUCUACUAAAAGGUCUACUGCAUCCAAUUCCUUCAUUUGAAGAUUACGAGGGGCUCACAAAGGAGUUCACUAAUGAAGAGAUUAAAGAGGCAAUUUUUAGUCAAGGUAAUGACAAGGCACCUGGUCCAGACGGUUAUACUCAUCUUUUCUUUAAGAAAGCUUGGCAUGUGAUUGGAGAUGAAGUGAUUGAAGCUAUCAAAUUUUUCUUUCAAGAAUAA